AUGUCUUAUGGCCAAUAUGGUGGCGGAUACGCACCUCCGACGGGCGCGCCACCCGGAUACGGCGGAGGUGGGGGAUAUGGAGCAGGAGGACAACCUGGAGGCUUUGCGCCAAGGAGGGCAGCGGGCCCUCCGCCAGGGGUCGACCCCCAGUUGUGGAACUGGUUCGCCGCUGUUGACUCGGACGGAAGCGGGCAGAUCAGUGCCCAUGAGCUACAGAAGGCGCUCAUCAAUGGCGACUGGACGCCCUUUGACCUCGACACCGUGAAGAUGCUCAUGACCAUCUUCGAUGUUGACCGCAGCGGAUCGAUCGGCUACAACGAGUUCGCCGGCCUGUGGAAGUACGUCAAGGACUGGCAGAACGUCUACCGCCACUUCGACCGCGACCGCUCCGGCACGAUCGACGUGCGCGAGCUGCGCGAUGCGCUGACGCAGUUUGGCUACAACCUCUCGCCGCGUCUGCUCGACCUGAUCGAGCGCAAAUACGACAUACGUCAAGGUGCUGCCGGACACGGUCCCGCCAACGGCAUCACGUUCGACCGCUUCGUGCGCGCGUGCGUCGCCGUCAAGCAGCUCACGGAGUCGUUCCAGCGCCUCGACGCGGACCGCGAUGGCUGGGUGCAGCUCAACUAUGAGCAGUUCAUGUCCACCGUGCUUACUGCUCCGUGAGCCGCUACGACCGUUUUAUAUGAGCUGAGGAUGGCGGAACCCGUGUUGCUGCAGAGAAUCUGAAGAAGUCGGAGAGUCUGGAGAAGACGCUGAGGCUGAGAUUUACAUACGAUGUACGAUAUAGUAAUCGAUCUUCCCAUCCUUGCCUAUAUUGUGUGUCGUGUGCGUCUUCCCGCACAUCACACCGCCGUCUCACCCGCGCAUGGAGUCGUCGGAGAGAUGUGAGUCGGAGCGGGGCAAGUUCAUGUAUCCAUCUUGCAUAAUUGGUCUCAAGUAUGUGAGGCCGUCUUACGGUCUAAUUGCGCCUGUGGCAUGGUGCAUACCAAA